UGUGUCAAAAUGGCGGACUUUAUGAAAGGUUUACCGUCAUAUAAUGAGACCAAUUUUACCAGAUUUCAUUCCGAUUCAGCUUGUAAAACAAGUAUUCGACGACCAACUGUGUAUAUAUCUACAAAAGAACAUCCCUCACAACAAGUGAUAACCACAGAGAAAACCAAUAUUUUAUUACGAUAUUUACAUCAACAGUGGGAUAAAAAGAACACCAAUAAAAAGAGAGAUUCUAGUAGGGCAAGUUUAGAGAGUGAAGAAAAUAACGUACCAAAUAAAUUUCCCCGUUUAUCAAACACGGACGAUCAUUCUUAAAAUAUAGACUCAUAUAAUACAGUGUAUAUAGACUUUUACUGAUUCCAAUUCACGGAACUGGAGAUUACUUGAAAGACAGGAAACAGUUGAUUAAUCAGUGAACUUAAUAAGACUUUAAAGGGGCUGUUUUAAAAAGUUUUCUAGUGUUUUUAUGUGAGUAGGGUAUAUUUAAGGCUUAAUUUAACAUGUUAAAUUCUAUACCGAAUGUUAAAUUGAUAUACAUAAUUGUCAGCUGUUUUGUUUUGGUGUGGAAGCAGGGAGUGAGAUUGCAUCCUGUAUUAAUGUGCUUGGGGUAAUUUGAUAUUGAGAAUGAAGCUGUAGAUGCCAGUUAUCCAUUCAAAAUGCUGAUUAAUUUAUUACGAUCCCUUAAAUAACAGAAUGAAAUGGAAGUUUAAAAGAAUUAUUGAGUGAAUCAAUAUUUGAAGUGAAGAAUGUGGAGCUAUUAAACCAAGAAGUUUUUAAUGUGUGGUUUUGAUGGAGCAAAAAAAAAAAGGACAGGUGUGCCGUUUUUUUGACCAAUCAUACUUUAGUCUCAGAAAUGAGAAUUUUUUAGCUUAGCUGAUCAGUAACAGUGUUCACCGUCGAAAUUUGACCCUUCAAUUCCAUUUGUGUCCAGAAUUAUCCACGAUUAAGACAUUGCCGUAUAUAAAAAGAAGACAUUUAUAGAAAUAGGAAAAGAAAUUCCUAUUUUGAGAUAUUUUCAAAGGAAUUUAGCAAUUUCCAUACAUUUCUAGUUCUACUGAAGACUUUUUACAUAUAUUCAAGACUAGAAUCAAUCCCCAAAAUGGAACAUUUAUCUCUUUAAAGAAAGGACUGACUGCUUACUUACACUGAGUUUGAAAAUUUAACUGUUUUUACCUUUUUUUUCUGUUGAAUAAUGAUAUUAUAAUUAUGUCCAAAUUUGUUAUUAGAUAUUUAUUUUCUUUAAGAUUAAAAGUCAAAAUUCUCAGUUAUAUUGUGAGAUCAUUAUUCAAGGGAUUUAAAUUCUUUAGAUUUUGAGCCAAUUCAUGAAUUUUUAUCUCUGUGUAAUAAUUUAUAAAGCUGUUUGUUGUGGAAAUCUUGAA